AUGUCGUCAUUUCCUACACCCACAUUCAAUGACACCCUGCAAUCUAUCGCCAUCGCAAAGCUGGAAGAGAUAGAGAAACAACGUGUCGCAUAUGGCAAUGCAAUAGCGAGUAUCUUCGCCAAGAAAGAGAACAUGGUCAAAACCAAUGGAGCACCCGUGUCUGUAGUAGCCGAUAAAGAGGACCUACUGAAAAGAAUCGAACACCUCAUCGAGGCUGUAAAACAAUGGAAUGGGGCCGGUAAACUCCAUGGAACGACGGUUGGUGGGAGACUGGAGCUCAGCAACCUGGAGUUCGGGAUAAAGCAGGCGAGAGAGGAGGUGGGUUUUGACAUGAAGAUUAUCCGUGGAUGGGAAGAAACGCUCGAGGGACAUGUUCAGCAUAUAAGCAACCGACUACAGAUGGCGAAGUUAGCUGGAGAGAUGUAUCUGGAGUACCUGUCUAGUGGAGAUUCCGAGGUACCUUAUUAUGGAGGUAGACUUCCAGGUUCAGGCGGGGUUGAAGAAGAUGAAGAUUUCGACAUGUUGUCGGAUGCGCCUGGCGAGCAUAGCAAAAGCUCUGAGAAUAUGAACCAAGAUUCCGACGACGCUGAGCGCAAAGCAAGGAUCGCACAUGAAAAAUUUGUAUCCACAGCAUUUGAGGAACACACCACUAGCUUCAGCAACUUAUUCGACUACUUGGAUAACUUGUUCGAGCCAGAGGAGGUCACACAGGCGCUAGCAGAGGUGCGAGCAUCCAACUAUCGCUUUGGAGUCCAAUUUGACGCGGAGCAUAUAGGCGAUAGUAUACACGAUAUUCUUGAGGACUUGCUGACUUCCGGGCUGGUGGACGGGCAACAGCGGGAGGUCAUUGAACAUAUCCAAGGGAAUCCGACAGCGCGCGAUCAGGUCAUCAGUAUUGCGACUAUGAGGGUGCUUAACAUCGAUACUUGGUCUUGGCCAAAAGAAGGCGUCAAGGUGGCUAUCCGAAGUCAGAGAAGCGAUGAAUUUUGUGUAUCCAUUGAACCUGAAUUAAUCGACGCCAUCGUUUUGCAAUUUAUUGGCAAAAAAUGGAAGGUGCAAUUGAAGAUGGCUUGCACACAGUUCUUCUACAGUAGUGGUUGGAAAAGGAAAGCAUAUUCCAUCACGCAGGAGCACGCAAAAAGCAAGGUCAGCAUGCUCUCGAAACAAGCGAACGGCCAAUCCAUCGACGACAUUCGUGAGCAAACGUUCAGACAAGUCUUCCUCCUUUCUGAUUUGAACGACAUUGGGCAUCACCGUCUCGACCGCCACAGCGAUUUCAUCAACAUGCCUGAAUCCGAUAUGUGGCAGCGAGAAAAACAGAGCGCGGUGGCAGCCAGACGUCAGGCGCUUCAUCUAAUGGCAGCGGAAAGUCGUUUAAACAGCCUGAUUCACGGUUGUCAUGCUAUGGUCCAUUCAGUUAUAACGAAUUUGGCAUCUUGCUUACCCCACGAAUCUAUUCUGAUCGUUCUUGCAUAUCUUGGAGUGCCCCAAAAAUGGGUCACAUUCUUUCAAACAUCUCUUGCCGUACCAGUUAUUUUGCCAGGAGAAACCGUCCCGCGUGUGUGCAAAAGAGGAAUACCAUCAGGUUACGCUUCCAGCACGUUCUUCACCGAGACGAUCAUGUUCAUUAUGGACGUCGCUGUCAAUCGUCGAACGAAGGGGUUGCGUUUAUACAGAAUCCACGAUGAAAUGUGGUUCUGGGACUCGGAUGUCAAGAAAUGUGUCAAAGCGUGGAAGGCGAUGUGCGAAUAUGCGGCAAUCAUAGGAGUGAAAUUUGACGACAAAAAGUCUGGAGCAGUGUAUUCGGGACCUCCAACAGCCGAGGAAGCUCUACUACCCAAGGGAGAGGUCAAAUGGGGCCUUCUCAAGUUCGAUUCCGGAACUUUAAACUUCGUGGUCAACCAAACCGAGGUCGACCUGCAGAUUACUGAAUUUCGUCGACAACUGGACGCCACCAAAUCAGUCAUAGGAUGGGUGCAAAUCUAUAACAGAUACAUGGCUCACCUUUCCAGACACUUUGGAGGUGUUCCUGUGAAUGGGCUGGGAAGCGCACUUGUCGGAGAUCUGAUAAAGGCGUACAAGAAGGUGCAAAAUGGACUCUUUGAAGAGCCCAAUAUUGGGCCAACUGGGUACCUUCGAAAUAGGAUAAUCAAGCAAUUUGGAGCCCACGAUUUCCCAGAAGGGUACUUCUACUUUCCAGUCGCUGCCGGUGGCCUCCAGUUGUUCAAUCCAACUUUGCUAUGCUCUGCAUUACAGACACCUUAUGCGCCUUCUGAUUCCACCCAUUUCCUUCCUCCACCAGGGUUCAAGUCUUCCUUGGACAGCAGUACUGCUGGAGUUGCAAUUGAGAAUCUGCCGAUAGAUACCAAGCUGAGAAGACAAUGCUUUAGCGAUCUCAACGACUACCAACAUUUGAGGGUGGAAUGGGAGCAAGUACUUUCAUUGGGACCAAAAAAGGUGGGUCAAGGUAAUUUCAUUUCGUUCCACGAAUAUGUCGCCCUUCGGGAGUGUGGUUUGGUAACCUGGGGUAGAUUGUACAGCGAGAUGUUCAAUACACCGUCAAUCCGUGAAGUGGCUCUUGUGCAGGUCGGGACCGAUCGUGGACGUCGGAGUUCCAUGGUCAGGUCGACACAAAAGGACUUCAGGGGAUUGUACACAAGAUGGAUAGAAGCUCUGUAUGGAGACGACGUGGCCAGCAAGUUCGGAAGUUUGGACAUUCUGGAUCAAUCUCUGAUUUUUGCCAAUGCUGAUUACAAGAUGCUUGUUUAA